GACGCGGGGGCCGGCGGCUGACGGAGCCGGGCCGGCCGCGCCCACCCGGUCACCAUGGAGCUGCCUCCUGGGCCCUCCGAUGAUCCCCGAGGCUGGGACGAUGACUCGGAGCCGGAGCCGGACCCCGACCCCGACCCCGACGCGCAGGCCGAGGCCUACGUGGCCCGCGUGCUCAGUCCACCGAAAUCCGAGGUGGCGCCCCCGCGCGCUUCGCUGCUGCCCACGCCCGCCCCGUCUCCGGGCGCCCUGGAGCCCCGGGCUGGGCCCAGAGUCCCUGCCGUGGGUGCGCCGGGCCUGCUGAGCCUUCCUCCGGAGCUACUGCUCGAGAUAUGCGCCUACCUGGACGCGCGCCUCGUGCUCCACGUCCUGCCCCGCGUGUGCCACGCGCUGCGCGACCUCGUGCGUGACCAUGUCACCUGGCGGCUACGCGCGCAGCGCCGUGUGCGCGCGCCCUACCCAGUGGUGGAAGAGGAGGAUUUUGACUGGCCAGCAGCCUGCAUUGAGCUGGAACAGCACCUGUCGCGCUGGGCGGAGGAUGGGCGCCGGGCCGAGUACUUCUGUCUGGCAGAUGGGCACUUUGCGUCCAUCGACUCGGUGCUAUUGCUCCAGGGCGGGACUCUCUGCCUGUCGGGCUCCAGGGAUCGCAACGUCAACCUGUGGGACCUGCGGCAGCUGGGGACGGAGCCCAGCCGGGUCCUGGUCAAGGCCUUGGGCACCCAGCAGAACAGCACCCACAAGGGCUGGGUGUGGUCAUUGGCCGCACAGGAUCACCGCGCCUGCUCGGGUUCCUGGGACAGCACGGUGAAACUCUGGGACAUGGCGGCCGACGGGCAACAGUUCGGCGAGAUCAAGGGCAAGGCGGCUGUGCUGUGCCUGUCCUACCUGCCUGACAUCCUGGUGGCCGGCUCCUACGACAAGAGGGUGACCAUCUACGACCCCAGAGCCGGCGCGGCCCAGCUGCAGAGCCGGCGGCUGCACUCGAGCGCGGUGCUGGCGCUGCUGGCCGACGAGCGGCACAUCAUCUCCUGCAGCGAGGACCACACCCUGGCGGUGUUCGACCGCCGUGCCAACAGCGUUCUGCAGCGGCUGCAGCUGGACUCCUCCUACCUGCUCUGCAUGUCCUACCUGGGGCCGCAGCUCUGGGCCGGCGACAGCCAGGGCCUGCUGCACGUCUUCGCCAACCGCGACGGCUGCUUCCAGCUCGUUCGGUCCUUCGACGUGGGCCACAGGUUCCAGAUCACAGGGAUCAAGCACUCGCUGGGCGCGCUGUACACCACGUCCACCGACAAGACCAUCCGGGUGCACGUGCCCACAGACCCGCCGAAGACCAUCUGCACCCGGAGCCAUCACAACGUGCUCAACGGGAUCUGCGCCGAGGGCAACCUGGUGGUGGCGGCCUCCGGGGGCCUGUCGCUGGAGGUCUGGAGGCUGCAGGCGUGAGCGGCCCUGGGUGUGUGCACGGAGAUGGAUGCUGCCGGCCGGCUGGCUGGGCCCGGCCUCCGUUUACCUGCGGGGACCUUCCUCCCCACCGUUGGUGCUGCCUCUGCACCCCCACCCGCGCCCGGGGCCCUCGCGCGCCCCGCAGGUCUGGGGGGCACAGAGAAUUCGGACCGUGGGGAGGUACGCCGCCUGGGGAGGUGAUGUGGGGGUCCUGGCCCAUCCAAGGGGGCCACGCUGCACCCUGGGCGCCCUGGUUUGGUUACAAUUUGGACAGCCUGCGCCGCUGCGCAGACAGCAAAGCAGAAAUAAAAAGCCGAUGU